UUUAAGAUUAAGAGGCAUACCUGAAAAUAGGUGGUGCGAGUAUCCGGCCAAAUAUUGUUAUCACAACACUACAGCAGAACGCCAAAAUUCUUUACCGAUUCUGGGUGCAAAAUGUAUUUCAAAGGGACCUAUAUGUACGCAUCAAUGUUCUUCUUAAACUUUAGAUAGUGUUGUGUUGUCCGCCUUCUUCAGCCAGUCGAGAGUAGAAUAGGCGCCUGUAUGUACCUAUUGUAACCUGAUCUCACACGAGCCCAGGCCUCGCCCUGCAGCCAUGCAGCCAUGGUAACAGGUGUCGUCAUCAGGCAGGUCAUACGCAGCUGCUGACGGUGACUAACACCAGUCGGUGCGACGAAACGGCGAAGUUCAGUCGUCUUCUUACCUGUUCCUGUGCCUUCGGAAGAACGUGGCAAGAUGCAUGAUGAUCGCAAAAGGCAGGAUGCAGUGAAACAGGCUGGCGGGUGCUGCAUUUGGGCUAUACUUGCCGGGUCUUUUGCGGCAUGUUGCGCGACGGGACUCAUCGUCUGUGGGGUCGUAAUCACCAAACCGGUCGUGGAGACAAAGUCUCUGGAGUUCCAGGAGACAACUUGUACCACAAACCAAAGUUAUCUUACAGGGAGAAGAAUUGGCUGUGGCUGUGGUAAGAGCUGCCAGUCUACCUACCCCUGUCUGCGCAUGACUGUGACGUAUGUUGUAAACAACGGCACCGUCGACGGUGUACUUUUCGACACUGAGCAAAGGCUGAACAACAAUGGAGGCUCCGCCGAGAUUGAACAGUGUGUGACGGCACCGUGCCAGAGAGAUGCGGGGCAAAACGAUAGAGAUGUCCUGAAUUUCAACGACACCUAUGCUCCUGGGACGUCCUACACAUGCCUGUACCAUCCAGACAGGCCAGGGAAUGCUGUGCUGACUCGGCUCUUCACGUGGGACGCCAUGUUCCACUCCAUGCUGUGGACCAGCAUCUUCACUUUCCUCUCCGCCCUCCUCUUCUUCUACUUCCUCUACAAAUGUAGGGAGGCACACAACAAGGUAGCCUCCAUACCGGUCACAAUCCCUCCCCGAGCUCCAGGCGCACAGCCCGGGUACUUCUUACCGCAGCCCCCGGCGUAUUCGGAAGGUGGUCAGUCAAUGGGGAUGCAACCCCCGACCCAAAACCUGUACUCCAAUGAUACAAAGACUGGAUAUUAUAGCUACAACUGAGUCGAACAGCUAGGUCGAUCCUGUGGAAACCGUUUCGUUGGCCCUAGAAAGGACCGAGUGGUUUGGACCAGCCCUAAAAAUACAAAUAUAUUUACUUUCUUACUCAGUGUAUAAUCAAGCAAGUCAGACUACUUUUAUAAAGGAACAGGCACACAAGAUGUAUGUGUGUCCGUGCCUGUGUAUGAACAUCUUGAUAUUUUUAAAUCUUCUUAGCGUUCUAGUGCAGGAUACGUUCUUUAUGCUCAGCAUAGUGCACAUAGUGCCAUGGUGAUGUAUAUUAUAUAUACAACUGACUGUCAUGUGCAUCACUUCCAAAACGCAAACAGAUGAGCCGUGUGACAGGCUCUUUAUACUGCCAAACAAACUUUAUUUCCAGCUGUAGAACUGUGGAACAGAUUACCUACACUGUUGUAAACAGAUGACAACAGAAUCUUAAAUAUGAAGUCGACAAUGUCUUCGUUAGAACACUGCCAAUGUCCUGUUCUCUAUGAACUGCUGCUAAUGUUGUGUGAAGAAUGUUAUAGAAACAAGAUGACCAAUGAUUCAUAUCACCAUCUCAUGUACGUACUUUUAUGGUUUUCACCCUGUAAGUUAGAACCAUAAUGUAUUUGUAACGUUUCAUACUGUAUAUUUGUGUUGGGUGUUGUGUUUUUCACCCUUUUACCUUUGUAAACUUCAUUCGUC